AUGAGGGUUAUGUUAGUGAUUAAUCACAUCUCUGAGUGUUUUGACUGGAAACAACUCGAGCUUCAGUAUCAACAUGAGUACAACAACAUCAGUAAUAGCAUUGGCUUGACAGAAAACCCCAUGGUCAAUUUCUCUGGAGUUGUAGGAACACCCCUUCUUGCUCUUGGUACUGAUCUUUCUUACGACAUUGCAUCCGGUAACCUCACCAAAUGCAAUGCUGGAGUGAGGUUCGCAAAUGCUGACCUGAUUGCUGCUGUCACUUUGUCAGCUCCUUGUUUUCUUUUGUCGAUGUGUGUGUUUUUUUUCAAUGCUUCUUACUGCCACGUUGAGAGUCCCUUGACCUAUACAGAUGUUGGUGCCAAGCUUGCCCAUAGUUUCAGUACAAAUGAGAACACCUUGACCAUUGGUACCCAGAAAGCUUUGGACCAAUUGACUUCUGUCAAGGCUAGGAUCAACAACCAUGGUAAGGCAAGCGCUCUUAUCCAGCACGAGUGGAGGCCAAGGUCCCUCUUCACCGUCUUAAUUAACCAACUGACGAUGCCUGCUACGAUCGAGGAUUUGGAAGCUGCAAUUCAAGAUAAUAUUUCUCAAGCAAAUUCCAUUCUAUUUCUGAACCACAAUAUUCUGGAAGAAUAUGAAAGCCGCCAGCAAAAGAUAGAAGCCAUUGCUAAGAAGCUGGAAGCUGACGAGGAGGAGCUAAAGAGGUGUGUGGCUGAAAUAGACAUCUUGAAGAGGUUUUGGUACAUUAGAGACAAUUUAUGA